UGAUGAUGAUAAAGGAUCACUUCCUUAAUACAAGUUUCAGAAAAAAACAGCAAUGGUGACACAGACUCCUACAGGCCUGUCCGAAACAGACCAAGAAGGUGACACACUUUCCCACUUUUUAGCAAAUUCCUCUGCUGCUGCCUCCUGCAUCAAUGAUGAGUCCUACAAGUACAUAUUUCUUCCAAUCUGUUACUGCUUCACAUUUGUCUUUAGCAUCAGCCUAAAUUUUGUGGUGCUCUAUCGCUCUUUUCGCCGCACCAAGCAAUGGAAUGUGUCCCUAAUUUAUAUGGUGAACUUGGCUACAACUGACUUUAUGUAUGGCCUCUCCCUGCCAUUCCUAGUGGCCAGUUAUAUCAUGCAUGACAACUGGGUAUUUGGAGAUUUCAUGUGUCGCUUGGUCCGCUUCCUAUUCUACUUUAACCUGUAUUGUAGCAUAUUUUUCCUCACCUGCAUCUCUAUGCAUCGCUACUUGGGUAUCUGUCAUCCAAUGAGGACCAUCACUCUAGAGACGAAGCGAGCUGUAAAAGGCACCUGCAUUUUUGUAUGGCUUGCUGUCUUUGCCCUCACAUGCCCAAUUUUCAGAUUCGCACAAACAGAGCUUCUUCCUCGUCGAAAAGAUGGUGGCGCAUUAGAGGUACAUAAAGUGAAUGGUGACACACACAAAUACAACACAAGUUCAGGCACUGAAAUGUUCCAUAACUGCUGGGAUGAUGCUAUUGAUAAGGAGUUUCAGGAUUAUGUUCCUUAUGGAAUCACCCUACAUCUCUUGGGGUUUUUUGUACCAUUUAGCAUCAUUGCUUGGUGCUACUCACGUGUGGUUAUGACUAUAUUUCAAACACUGCACUCUCAACAUCCUGAUAAUGGACCAAGGACUAGACAGGGAAGCAAGGCAGGGACAGGAGGAGAAGGCAUGUGCAUUAUUCUCGGUGCGCAUUCACCUUACAUAAACAGGCGUCGUAAGUCCAUCAAAACCAUAAUAACCAUUACUCUCCUCUUUGCCCUGUGCUUCUUCCCCUUUCACGUAACCCGUACUAUUUUUUUGGUGCUGAAAGUGACCAGCAGGGUGCAGUGCCAUACGAUGAGGAUGGUCUCUAUUUGUUACAAAAUUACUCGGCCACUAGCUUCCUUUAAUGCCUGGCUUAAUGCUUUGCUCUAUUUCCUCACAAAAGAAAAAAGUGGACUCUGCUGCAACAAAUCACCACCUUCCCAACGUGGGCGUUUUUGGCCUUUAAGGAUGCUGGGAAAAGGAGGGAAUGAGGAGGAAGAAGCUGAAAAAGCAGUGAAUCACAAAAACAAUGACUUUAAGACAGAACAUAACAUAUUUCCAGAUGUACCUUAAGAUAAUAUAUAAAAAAUAUGUAAAAUGUGUU